AUGUGGUUAGUGGUCUGGUCAGUGGCCGGCAAGAGGACAGGCAAGAGGACGGGCAAGAGGACAGGCAAGUGGACAGGCAAGUGGACAGGCAAGUGGACAGGCAAGUGGACAGGCAAGUGGACAGGCAAGUGGACAGGCAAGAGGACAGGCAAGUGGACAGGCAAGUGGACAGGCAAGUGGACAGACAAGAGGACAGGCAAGUGGACAAGGACAGGCAAGUGGACAGGCAAAGAGGACAGGCAAGUGGACAGGCAAGUGGACAGGCAAGUGGACGGGCAAGUGGACGGGCAAGUGGACGGGCAAGUGGACGGGCAAGUGGACGGGCAAGACGACAGGCAAGACGACAGGCAAGACGACAGGCAAGACGACAGGCAAGACGACAGGCAAGACGACAGGCAAGACGACAGGCAAGACGACAGGCAAGACGACAGGCAAGACGACAGGCAAGACGACAGGCAAGACGACAGGCAAGACGACAGGCAAGACGACAGGCAAGACGACAGGCAAGACGACAGGCAAGACGACAGGCAAGACGACAGGCAAGUGGACAGGCAAGUGGACAGCAGCUUUUUAAUCCCACAUGAAAAUUGA